GCAGGUCAGUCACGCGAGGAAAAAAAUCCGAAUUUCGUAUUUAAAUUUAACUAUAUUUUGCAUUGUAAAUAAACUUUUUAAGUGAUUUUACUGUGAAUAGUUAUUAGAAGAAUAAAUUUAGGAUAUACAAAGUUGCUGUACUUAUAAAAUCUUGUUUACAAUGAAUAGUUUUAUUAGUGUAAAUGUUGAUGUGUUGACGAAGUUGUGAUUUUUUUUAUUACUGCGGUUAUACAGAUUAUCAAGAUGAAUCCAAACAUCCAGAAUGGUACAGAUAUAGAUCCUUUAGCUACGUAUGAUUAUACACAAUUUCCUAACUACCAACAAUUAUACACCGAUGUUACAUACAAUUACGAUGUCCAAAAUAUAACUACAAAUUGUACCAAUGAACAUAAAGACUCGAAAUCUGAAUUAACAGAUAAGAUAGAAAACUGUAAUGUUAAAGAGAAUUUAAAUGAAAAUGAACAAACAUUAAUUAAAAAAGAAAUUAAACAUAAAGUAAAGAAGAGUUUUCUAUCUGAAAAGAUAGCGGACAGUAAUUUCCCGUUCUACGGUUGUGCGGUUUGUAAUAUCAGUUUUAAAUUACUAACAGAUUUAGAUAAACAUAUAAUAACACAUAAAAACAGGAUAACGAGCUAUGGUUUGAGAUUAAAAAAUCAAAUGAAAAGAAAGAAGAUGCGUAAAGAACAGAAGAAAUUGAAAAAAUUAAAUAAAACAAUCAAAAAGGAAAAAAAUCAAAUUGAAAUCGAAAUCAAAACGGAAGACGGAUAUAUUGGCGAUAUAAAAACGGUAGAUUAUAAACUGACGGACACAGAACAGAUUGAUUCAAAGUCAACGGGGUGUAAAGAAAAUAAUACUAUACCACAGAAGGACGAUAAUUUGGAAAAGAUGUUCAAAUGUUUUGCUUGUCAAAAACAGUUCACUUUAAGUUAUUAUCUAAAAUUACAUGUACGAUCUCAUACAGAUGAAAAGCCAUAUACAUGUGCUGAAUGUGGUCAAUGCUUUAUCACAGCCAGCAAGCUAGGCAGACAUAAAAAGAGAAUACAUCUGGCUAUAAGACAUCAAUGUAGGAUAUGCUAUAAAUUCUUUUCUAGGUUUGAAUAUUUAACAAAACAUUUUGAUAAGAAGCAUCCUGAAGAUAAGUUGGAAGGGGAACCUUAUGAUUACAAUGCAAUAUUACCAUAUUUAAAAGAAUUAGAAGAACAAUUACAAAUAAAAACUGAUCCAAAAGAAACGGAGAAAAGUGAAAAGUUAUGGGAAGAUUGGCCGAUGGAAGAAACCAAAGUAUCUACAGAUAAAGAAAUAAAACUUAUAGAAAAUAAUACAGAAAAUGCUAUAACUACAGUUGUUGUUGAAAUGCCAAAUGGAUUUAUGGAUACGGAAGUUAAGAAAGAAAUUGAUUCUGAUGGAUACAUGUCAGAUAACAAAGAUGAUCAAGACAGUUGUUCGGACAGUGAUUAUUUCCCAUCGAAUACGUGGGCAGCGUCACCUAAGAUAGAUUCGCCUCCGCAUAAAAGUAAACGUCAGAAGCAAGGUGAGCCAAUAAAAUGUGAUAUUUGUGAGAAAAAAAUAAGCUCCCAAUCUUAUUUACAAAUACAUAUGAGAACUCAUACGGGAGAGAAACCAUAUAAAUGUUACAUAUGUAAUCGGGGAUUUAUUACAGCGAGUAAGAUGCAUCGACAUGUUUUGACACAUUCUGACAGUUUGGACGAUCCAGCGAUGAAAUUGGAAAAAAAUACAGAUGUGGGAUCUGAUAUUGUUAAGAACAAAAAGAAAAAAGUCAAAGAUACUACAAAACCAAAAUCAAAAUUAAAAAAAAUUCGUCCACACGCUUGCGAGUAUUGUCACAAAAGAUUCUUACAUAUGGGCACGUUACAAGUACACAAGAAAUCACAUGAUGGUGAAGAACUUGUGUUGAAAUGUAACUAUUGCCUGAUGAAGAUGGAUAAUCAGGAAGCUUUGAAGGUCCAUGAAGUAACUCAUGAAGGUCCGAAGCCAUAUCUUUGUACUUUAUGUGGUAAAACAUAUAAAAAACGAGAAACUAUGAUGUACCACAGAAAACAUCAUACAACUGACAAAGAGUAUACAUGUGACAUAUGUUCUAAAAGCUUUCCUUCAUAUCGCAAAUUGGAGAAGCACAUAGCAACGCAUAGAGCGGACCAAUACGUUGUUAGAUACGAGUGUCCUGUCUGUGCGCACAUGUUUAAUACUAAAUAUCAUAUUAAGAUGCAUUUAGUCACACAUCAGAAGGAAGGAUUAAUAGUUGAAGCAAACAGAAAUGAAGUAUUAGCGAUGGUUUUACAAAACGCUCGUCGAAUACCGAAACAUCCCGAAUCCGGUAUCAAACCAUUGCCGGACGAGCAAAAUAAGAAAUGCAACAUUUGCGGUCAAAUAUUUCAACAUUUCUUCUAUUUAGAGGAGCAUUUAAAGAGUCACGGUUCUAAAAUAGCUUUAGAGGAUGAUGAGAAAAUCGAAGAGAAGAAACAUAUCUGUCAGAUUUGUAGUAAAAGUUUUAAAUUGCAUUAUUAUUUGAAGUUGCACAGUUUCACUCAUACUAAAGAGAAACCAUACAUAUGUCAGCAAUGCGGCAAAGGAUUUAUAACAAGGGGCAAAUUAAAAAGACAUUUAGAAACUCACAGCGGAUUAAAGAAAUAUCAAUGUCAUAUAUGUUAUAAAUUUUUUACUAGACCUAGUUAUUUGAGAAUCCAUGUUAGGACAAUCCACGGGACUCAAGAUAAUUUUAUAAUCGACAAACAAUUUGGGUUAAACGCAAACGGUUUGGAACAGACUGUUUAAUUCUUUGAAAGUGUGAUUAAAAUAUGUUUUUAUAUUUGUCAGUUUUACAAUAACACAAGUAAUUGAAAUUAACUAUAUU